AUGGAUGAGUCUGGACCUACAGGUGAUGUUUCAACUGGACAAGUGGACGAUUUGGAUCAGUUUAAUCACUGGUUGGAUGGUGCUGUAGGCGAGCCUGUUAAUGAGGAGCAUUUCAACAUGGUGCAACAUGGCAGUGGUGUCUUUGAAGGUGAUGCGAUGUUUGGUUUUCCCAAUCAUUCACCAAUGUGGCCCCUUGAGAACGGCGGAACUUUUCAGAAGUCAGAUGAUGUCUCAGUUUGUCCUAGCCCCAGCGUGGAACCUGAUGCAGUGCCGGUUUUUGACCUGCCAAUGCCUGGACCUCAGCCCUCUAUAGGAGAUGCUCAGUGGCAGCUUGGAGUUGCAGCCAACUUUUUUCAGUUUUCACAGCGGCCUAGCAGCUUGUUAUUGCCGUGGGAAACAGGUGUCUUUGCUGACAUUUUUGGCAAUUCAACGUUCCUUGAACUUCCCAUGAACUGCUUGCCUGAACCUGACAGUGGUUUAAUGGAGCACAUCAUUGCGGCAGCCGACAGUGCAGAGGCUGGCAGUGCAGCUCCGUUGGACUCCUGCUACGACAAGGCUGUAAGGCAUGUUCAGGAUUUAGAUGAUUUCGAAAACAAAAACAGGUUGCGUGAGCUUGCUUGUGGACAAUGGUUGGAAAUGCUUUCAUGUUGCUGGUACGCCACGGGCGUUGUGGAGCAGUUAGCGAGGGAUAUGCAACUGGAUUCUUCUGGCACAGCUGCAUUUGAAACUCUUAAAGCCAGUUUCGGCAUAAAGAGUCCACAGACGCUGUUGAAGCGUGCGGGUAGCCUGCGGAGAUACUUCAAGUGGCACGCUGAGUUGCGCUCUGAUGCACUGCAAUCCAGGCUUCAGAAGGGCCCCACACGUCAGGCUGCGCCACUUGAAUUGGAGCAUCUGCAGCGCUUGCACGAGGUUCUUGAAGGUGCAGCUUGCUUGACAGAUCGACUGGGAGCAGGAGUCAUGUUGGUUUGUAUCUAUGGACGUGCCAGAUGGUCUGAUUUAAGAUACAUUCAUCAUGUGGUAGCUGAAGAGGGCAGAAACGGCUUCUUGACCUUGUACACAGCAGAGCACAAAACUUCUGCAGUGGGUGCUCGACGUGAGCAAUAUCUUCCACUUGUGGUGCCUUGGAUGGGAGUGACUCACGAUGAGUGGGUCAAGAAUUUCAUGGAUGUUUACAAAAUGGCUGGCCUGGACUUGUUCAAGGUUCCGUUGGGGCCUUUGAUGCCAGCUCCCCGCAUGGGAGGCAGUUUUGGAGCCAGGCCUCUGUCGACUCCUGAGGCAGCUGAGUGGCUCAGGUUGUUGCUACGAGGCACCAAAGAUUGUGACCAGUUCAAAGCUCACUCACUGAAAACAACGCUGCUGGUGUGGUCAGCAAAAGCUGGUUUGGACAAAGAAGUACGUGCAGUGCUGGGGCAUCAUGCAUCGGCGCUCCAAGGGUCGGAGGUUGUCUACAGCCGGCAUCUUCAGACAAGGGCUUUGCGGAAGCUCAACAUGUUGCUGCACAGGGUUCGCAUUGGGCUUGGUCUUGAAGAGGACCCUAUGGCGCCAAACCCAUAUGCCACUCCUUGUGCUCGGACACCACGGCCAGUUGCCGUUGGGCCUCAACCGGUGACACCCUUGCCACCUGUUCCAGUGCUUGAUAAACCACUGGAUGCAGUCGAGGAGGCUGUGGAGGCAGUGAACAUUGCGGGCGACCUGGAGAGCGUCAAGGAGGAGCAGAUUUCACUUGAGCAGGUGGAGGCAGCAGCUUCCAGCAUUUCGCUGUUUGACCUCGAGAUAGUGGAUAAGGGAAUAGUGGAGCUGGACAGUUCUUCAGGAAGUGAAAGCGAGAGCUCAAGCUCUACUUCGUCGAGUGGAGAGGCAAACGUGCCUCAGCGAGAUGCACAUGCUUUUGUGGAAGUGGUGCCUGAGGGCUUGACAUACUACAAGCAUCGCAAGAGUGCGAUCAUGCACAAAGUGACAGCAGGUCAGAAGGUGGCAGCAUGUGGUGCACAGAUGUCAGCAAACUUUCAACAGCUGACGCAGCGCCUCACAGUCCGUUGGCCAAAAUGCUUGAAGUGUUUUCCAAGAGACAGCAACAGAAUUCGAAAUCUUUCUCAGCUCAAUGGAGCUCUUGAUGCAGCACUGGACAAAGCCAAGCGUAAGGAGAGAUGUGCAAAGCUUGGGCUGAAUGCAGCCUUUGUCACAGCCCUAGCUGGAGCUCAAGUUGACAAUCUUUCUAAGCUUGCUUUUGUGAUUGGCCAACCUGGCCAGCCGAUACAGAAUCAAGAUGUGACAGAUUUCUUGCAGAAUGCUUUGGGAAGGGCUGCAACCUUAGCGGAGACCUCAGCCUUGAAACGUUUGGGUUUUGAAGCUCACACUUACCUUGUUGCAACACUGCGACAACAAGUUGAUCAGAGUGAUGAAACGCAACCCCGAAAAGUUGCCUAUGCUGAGCGGACCCAACGUAUGGAUCGGCUGCGUCAGGACCUGAGAGGAUUGGACAUCACUGGUGAGAUUGAGCCAUCACAUGGGCUUUUAGAUAAGUGCUGUGCAAUUUUUGACAGUAACAAUGUCAAGUGGCUGGAACCUUCAAUUUGCAUCUCACGAAGCAUGGAAGUGCAGGGCACACCAAAGUCGCGUGAAUUGACUUUGGAAAAGGGUUCUUUGAUCCUGAAGCACGAUGACAAACAGACGUGCUCAACCGACUCAGAGAUCAAGUUGCACUACGCCAUGACUAGGCGAGCAGUGGCCCUAGCCUUUGCAAGGGUUAUGUCAUUUCAGCAGCACAAUUCUUGGCUGUGCUUUCUCUUUGAGUCUUUGCACAGGGAGGUGCCACCUGGAUACAACAAAGCAAACUUGUCGCAGGUUGUGAGUUGUGACAAAGCUGCUUGGGCAAGGCUUGCAACAUUAGGUGUCUCAACGCGUGAGGCAGCAGACGGCACGUAUCCCUUGGGCGAGGCCUUGCUGGCUUUGAAGAGCGACCCAGCCAUCAUGCUCUAUUUGGCGCCGUUGGCAAAACCGGUUCAGACCUCAAAUGCAGGGCCCUCUAGGCAGGCGAUCGCUGUCCGAAAGGGCUACAUGUUUGUGCGGAGCCUCGUUGCCAACAACCGUCCUAGCGUUGCAAGAGACUGGAAUGGACUUCACGUUGAGCAGUUAUUCAUGAUUGAAGUGUUUGCUGGUGGAGCUGUUCUAACAUCAGUUGCAAAGCAGUAUGGACUUGGAGGCAUAGCAGUGGACAAAGUUCGAAAGCAGAAUGCCCGGAGCACUAUCUAUCAGUUAGAUUUGAUGCAGCCGGCAGACAGAGAGCUCUUAGAACAGUGGCUCGCUUCACCCCUUUUGCUUUGGGCGCAUUUUGCACCGGUUUGUGGCACAGCAAGUAGGGCUAGGGAGAUACCCCGCCCUGAGUUAGCUUCUGCACCUCAGCCUUUGAGGUCAUUGGAACAUCCGUUGGGCUUACCCACUUUGAAUUCUGGUGAUCGCAAAAGGGUCGAGAUUGCAAAUGAGCUUUUCAAAUAUACGUGCCAUCUUUUUGCAAAGUGCAUGGAACGUGGAGUGCUGGCAACCAUGGAAAAUCCACGUGGCUCUUAUCUCUGGGUAAUCCCUUUUGUGCUGGAGCUGAUGCGGGCAUAUCCACUUUUUGCAACAGAUUUUCAGGCGUGCAUGUUUGGAUCGAUGCGAGAUAAAUGGACCAGGAUUCUGGCUUCCUUUCCUGAGAUCACCCAGAUGGAUGCUGCUUGUGAUAGAAUUCAGUUGCGACCAAACUGCAUUCAUGAUGUUAUGGGCCAUCCAUUGCUUUCUGCAAAGCACUCUCAGAUGGCGGCAGGUCGACAACCUCGUGGCAACAAAAUUCCUCCACUGGAGUCUGAAAAAUCUUUAGCAGCAGAGGGCUGGCCGUACAAGGUGGUUUUUGGAUUACCUUGGGACUGCGAACAGUUUGUGCGCAAGGCAGUUGAAGUUGGCCAUCCCUCCAAGAUUGGCCUUGCAGUUCCAAAAGACCUUCAGCUGGCGCUGGAGAAGCAUAUGUGUUGGAGUGAGCAAACAUUGGUGCAAUAUCGAAUGGACUGGUGUCGCAAGUGGCUCAAGCGUGCAAGGCAGUUGGACAGAUCUGAGCGUCUGGAUGCAGAAACAAGGCCACAGCAUGUGAAAGACGCUACGGCCAAUAAGAAGCUCUUGCUGACUGAAGAAAUUUUGAAGGAGAUGCAGUACGAAGAUAUGAAUGUUUUGGAUUUGCUGCGACAUGGAUCGCCAUUGGCAGGCGACAUUCCGAAGUGCGACACUUUUGAAGAGCUCUAUAAGCCUUGCAUGUUAACCAUGUCGCAACUUUUGCUUGAAGCCCCUCGACGCAACCAAGCUGUUCUUGCGUCGUGCAAAACCUCCGGCGAUUUGCAGAUUGAUCAGCAGGUCUUGCAAGAGACGAGAGAAGAAGUCAGACGUGGUUGGGCUGUAGGCCCUAUCAGUGAGAUUCCUGCUGGUGGUGUUGUGUCGAGGCGUUUUCCUUUAAUACAGAAAAACAAAACGAGGAUGAUUGAUGACUUUUCAGUGUCAGGUAUCAAUGAUACAGCAAGCUCUCACAACAAAGUGGAUUUGCAUAUGGUGGACACCUUUGCUGCAGUCAUCAGAGAGUUCUUCAAGCGUUGCGCAGCUGAAGACAAAGCCAGCUCUUUGGUGGCUAAGACGUACGACUUAAAAAGUGCGUACCGACAGGUACCCAUACGGCAAGACCAUUUGUGUUUCUCAUAUUUCUGCAUCUACAAUUGUGAGAGCGAUAAGGCCGAAGUGUAUCAGCUCCUUACAUUGCCUUUCGGCGCAACACACAGUGUGUACAGCUUCCUUCGUCUGGCCAGGAUGUUGUACACAAUCUGUACCCGACAGCUUUUCUUGCUGACCACAAAUUUCUAUGAUGAUUACAUCCUGGCGUCGCUUCCUAACAGCGUUGAAUCCGCGAAGAAUUCGAUGGAGCUGGUUUUCUUGCUGACAGGUUGGAAUUUCGACCGCGAUGGCAAAAAGGCAACAAGUUUUGGGACAGUCUGCAAGGCGCUUGGCGUCCAGUUCAAUCUGGCUAGCUCUGGUGAGCGUAUUUUGGCGGUAUGCAACACUGAACAGAGGAUUCAGGAUCUUACAGCUAUGUUGCGUGCAACAAUUGAAGCUGGGGAGCUGUGCAAACAGGAUGCUUUGGUUUUGAGAGGAAAAUUGGGUUUUGCUGAUUCCUUUUUACAUGGCCGCCUUGGCCUGUUGGUGUUAAAGCAAUUGGCUGAGCACGCUUAUGGGCGAACCUCCAAGCUAUCCCAUGAGCUCAGCUUGGGACUUCUGGUCAUGAAACAACGAUUGGAACUGGCAAUCCCGCGCAUUGUCUCUGCAAAGGCAGUGCGUCAAUGGGUAGUUUUCACAGAUGCGGCAUAUGAGCCGGAGCUUGGUACAGGUGGCAUUGGUGCGGCCUUGUUCGAUGAUGAAUUUACAUGUGUUGGAUGGUUUGGUUUUGCUUUAAAUGCGGAGCAAUGCAAAUUGUUUGGAGCUGGUCUCAAGCAAACGAUUAUUUAUGAGCUAGAGCUUACUGCAGCGAUUUUAGCAUUGGACUUUUGGGCAACAACCAUGAAAGAUGGGCUGCAGAUUUGCUAUGGCGACAACGACAGCGCCAGGUUCUCGCUCAUAAGACUUCACUGCUUAGGGCAUCAGAGCCUUGUAUCUGAUUUGGUCUCAUUAGUGGUGCGCCCGAUGGAUCACCAGGUGGUUCUCCAAGUGCUUCGCCGACAGCAGGACAAGCGUUGGAUGGAGCUGCAGCUGGCCACAAGGCCAGAGAUUGUCGAGUGCGUUUGGUUGGAGAAGGUUCUGGAGAUGCAGCUGGAACUUCAGUGCAGUCCAAUGCAGAGACAUCGUGAUGGAAUUGACAGGUUUCGAAUGCAGUCACUGCCACAGGUGGACGAUUUCGAGCAUUUCACAGAGAACGUUGCCAUGGACUACAAGUUUGAUUUGUAUGCUCCCCAAGAUAUUCAGAUGUCAGAUGCAUUGCAACCACAUACAGCAGAUGCUCAGCGUUCAAGUGAAAUUCCAGUGACAAUCGAUGCAACUGGAGGUGUUCAGUCUGCAGGUGUUACAAUUGCAGGGAUCACAGUGACUCCAUCGUCGUCCAUUGCGCUUUUGAGGGCUUCUUGCAAGUAUCUGGAGAUUUCUCAGUCAGGCUCCAAGAGUAAACUGUGGAACAGAAUCAUUGGACACCUUGACAAACUGAAGAUUCUUGAAGAAGUUGAGAUCAUGCAGAGCAGUUUGCAAGAGUCUGCAAGAAACCCUGUUCCAGUUCAGACAGCAGAGAAGCCAGAUGAUGAGGGUGUGCUUGGUAAUCGAGUGAAGCCUGUCUCCAAGUCUUAUCUUGGUGUUCCAGGCAUCAUACCUGGAAUUGACGAUGAGGCAGCCCCAGAUCCUGAUGAACCUGAUGAGGUUGAUGCUACAGCAGGCACUGGUUCAGCAGUCUUGCAAGAUGGUGAUGGAACAGAGCUGCAAACUUUUCCAGUUACACCUUUGAUUCCUUUGGCUCCACGCACACCCAUGCCAGAACCAACACAAGAGGUUCAGGCACCAAGGAGGACACCACCUCCACCUACAGCAGUGGUUUCAGCGCCAGUUGAGGGUGCUGAGCAGGCGGGGCCAAUGCAGAUGGACUCCACAGUUGCCAGACGUGUUGCAGAUACAGCUGUUGAGGGAGAACCAGAAGCAAAAAGACAAAGAACAACAGUGCGACGCAUUGGAGAUGAAGAACUGCAACAUGUUGACAUGGACGUUGAUGAACUCUUUGAAAGUGUUUCUCAGGAGGCAUUUUUCACUGAGUACUUUUGCAAUGAGGAUACAGCAGAUGAUGCUCCUUUCAUGGACGAUGAUUGUUUGUGGCAGCCGUUUUCUGAAUUGGAGCCAUGCUUGGACCCAGAGCUUCUUGCAAAGAUCGAUGAAUAUGGUGACAAAGUUGAAAUCAUGAGGUUGACUUCAAUGCAGGAGCUGAUGAAAAACCAAAUCAAGGUUGUCUCUCGUGCGUUGACAGAUGAAACUGGAAUGGAUGAAACAUACCAAAGGAAACAAGCUGGUGUGAAUGCUUUGGCCAAGCAAGUCCUGAGAGCUCUUUCAGUGUUCAGCUUGGUCAACAUGACAGAAGGACUUCAAGUUUCGAGCUCAGCGUUUUCCUUUGAGUUUUGCGGUGAUGUCUACAUGUCUCCAAUUUCAGUUGCCAUGUCAUUUGCGUGGAUGAUUUCAUGGAUGUGCCAGAUGAAAUUUGCACUUGCAGUGAUGCUACUUUUCAGCUGCAUCAACGUCGCAGCUGGGAGUGAAGAAGGAACCAGCAGCCAAGCCUUGAGCCUAGGUUUGAGCCCAAUGGUUUACAUGUGCGUUUUCAUCGGAGUGAUUUGCUUUGCAGUUUCCAGAGUUGCAAGGCAUUUUGAAGGCAGAUCAGAUAGCGAUGAAAGUGAAACAUUUUUGCAAGAGCCAGACGCUGAAACAGAACCAAAUGAGGAGCAAACUUUCAAUGGUGUGAAAUUCCAUGUUUUCCUUGCUGCUUGCAAUGAGCGUUCUUUACAAUUGCAGUCCAGUGAGAACGAUGAGAUUGCAGAGCAAGCAGAAACAAUCUAUGAAGUGAUCAUGGAUUGCUUUUACAGCAGUGAAGAUGAUGGAGUGAAACAAUCCACCAUCGACAGUGCAAUGUUUGCAUACGAGCGUUUGCAAAACUUGAACCCAGCGUUUGCGGUGGACUUCAGUGCGUUGGAGAUUGAAAACUUCAACACUGGAAUCCUUGCAGAACCUGAUGUGGAAGACAUGCUUCCACCUGACAUGGAUGAUGAAUAUAUGAGGAUUGAGUUGCCAAACCCAUAUGAGCAAUACAGUCCAGAGGAUAUGGGUGUUUGGAUGAUCAGUCGCUUGAGCAAGCGCAUCAAGCAAUGCAUUGGAGCAGGUGACACCGAACGUUGUCGUCGCAAUGCAGAAAGACGGGCGAUCAUGGUGGGCGUCUUGAAAGUCUGCAGACGCGAUCCGAGUCAGCGUCACAGAGCAAUGUUCAUGAUGCAAACCAUGGACGACAUAUCGCCUGGACAAAGCGAAUCAGAAGGCAAUGAGCGUGGCAUAGGAUACAAUUCUUUUGCUUUCAAGCUGCAGAUGGAGGCGGAGACGCCGGGUGGAGCUGAUGCUCCCAAAACCAAGGAAAAAUCUCCGGAAGAACAGAUCCAGGAAACUUUGGAGUCGAUGCUGUCCAAAAAGGGUUUGGUCAAAGACCAGUUCUUGGCCAGCAAAAUGAAUCCACAGAUGUACAUCCCCAUCUCGGUUUUGCUUUUGCACGACCGAUUGCAAAUCUUGGGGGCAACGAAAGAACAGGUAGCAGCUGCAGCUGCAAAAUCCAAACGUCUGGGGGUAGAUGAACAAAAAACGAUGGUUCGGCCAGUGCUCAAAUCCAAAAGGAAUGUUGUCAUCCUUCGAGAUUUGCCAGAUGGCACUACCGAGGAAGAGAUUGUGCAACUAUUGUCAGCUGGGCCUUUUGCGGACAAUGUGGUGAGUGUCAAGCCGGAGGUUGGCGACUGUGAUGCAUUGCUGAAGCAGAGGGAUGCAGUGGGGACUGGCGACUUGGCUCAAGUGAACAACACCUGGUUUGUGAAAUUCAACGUGGACGAUGGCGCCCAAGAUGUGGUCUUGUGGCUGAGAUCGCAAACUUUCAAAGGGAAACCUGUGAAUGCAGCGAUCAAGUCCGAGCACUUCCUGCGGAGCUUCUUUCCAGUCAACCAGAGUAUGGGCUUUGUACCGCCUGGGCUACCCCCAAUUGAGGGAGAUAUACCUCCACAUGGCUUUGCUCCAGCCGGAUUUCCAGCUGGAGGCAAAGGGGCAAACUUUUCCGAUUUCAUGCCACCUCCUGGCAUGAUGCACCCAAUGCAGAUGGGGAUGCAGCAGGAGAUGCCCAUGAUGGAGCCUCCGACGCAGUUUGGUUUGCAGUCCCCAGGCUUUUGGAAGUCGUGGGGCAGUCGCCACAGACAGCCACCCUUGACCUUUUCAGCUGACUGCCCAAGCCUUGCCGAUGUUCAGGCAGCGGCGCCUUGGGAAGCUCCAAGCAAGGGAAAAGGCAAAGGCGGCAAAAGCAAGGAUGACUCUGGGAAGGGGAAGUCCAAGAAAGGCAAAGGGGCAAAGUCCACUGGCAAGUGGGGCGGAGACCAGUGCGAGGAGAUGGCCCCACCCGGCUACACGGGCGUCAAGGGGAAGCCCAGCUGGUAUGAGGAGUCAGAGGAUGUGACCUUUGUUCCUGAUUUUGAAGAUGGAGCAAGGAAGGUUUCUGAGAACAAGGCCCCAAAGAUGAAAUGGGCUGUGAAGUCUGCCGAAGGUGGUUAA